AUGGUCUCCUUCAAGAAAUUGGCUGCUGCUUCCGUCAUCCCCACCCUCGCUCUCGCUGAGGACGCUCCUGUCGUCAGCAACUCGCCAGUAGACAUCAAGUACCUCGCCACUUUCCACGGCAACAACACCAACAACGUCCAAGGCCAAGUCGAGUUUGUCGGUGCCACCAACGGCUCCACCUGGGUCAAUGUCCACUUCGAAGGCUUGCCUGCUGCUGGUGGUCCAUUCCCAUACCACAUCCACCAACACCAAGUCCCAGCUGACGGUGACUGUUACGCUGCUCUCGGCCACUUGAACCCAUACAACGGUAGUGCCACUGCCGAAACCAACGCCGGUAAGGAAGUCGGUGACUUGUCCGGCAAGCACGGUCCAAUCAACGGCACCACCUUGCACGUUUCCUACAUCGACAGAUACGUCUCGUUGAACAGCUCCGACCCUGCCUUUGCCGGUAACUUGUCGAUUGUCGUCCACUACGCCGACAACACCAGACUCGCCUGUGCCAACAUUGUCAGAGAAUACACCGCCAACAACACCCGUCCAUCCGGCUCCAACUCCUCCUCCAACGCUGCCGGCUCCAACGCUGCCAACGGUGUCUUCAUCGGUGCUUUCGUUGCUGGUUUGAGCUUGUUGAUCUAA